AUGAAACUGCUACUCCUUGCUCAGGUCGCUAUCCCCGCAUGUUCACUUACCGCCGGUUCCAGCCUAUUCACAGACCCAAAUGAAAUCGUCGGAGCAGCUUUCGACUAUGUCAUCGCUGGAGGAGGGCUGGCUGCUCUCACAACUGCGGCACGGUUGACUGCAGAUCCAAACAUCACGGUUUUAGCCUUCGGCACGUCUGUCGAUCAUGCGCUUGACACCGUCUCACUGGCUAUCAACAGGCGACCUGUAACCAUUUACACAGGCAACGAACUAGGUGGUUCGACAUUGAUCAAUGGAGCCACAUGGACUGUUCCGGCAAAGGUGCAGAUAGACUCCUGGGAGUCUCACUUGGGCAAUCCAGGAUGGAACUGGAAAAGUGUUUCCCAAUAUAUCCCCCACGACCACGCAGCAAUUCUUUAG